AUGUUUUUACGCUCUCUGCUCCUGAGCGCUCCGCUCGCCAGCGCAAUGCUGGUUGAUCCGGUGACGAAAUCCGUGGAUGGCUUCGAGAUCAUCAACCCUAUGCAGCUGGAUGAAUACAACCAUGCGACUUUCGACCUCCCAUGCGCCGAAUGCCCAUACCCGCAAACCACUGAAGGGCAGGUUGAAUACACACAAGACUCUCAAACAUCCUUGACCGUGGACUUCCUCGUUGACAACGAUCGCCUGCUGGCCAACGGCCGACAGAUCUUCCCUCCGGUCCCUCCGACGCCAAUCCUCGCCGUCCAACAAAUCGAAGAUGGCAAGCACUCUGACCCUGUGCCCGUUGGCUAUGCGCUGGAAAUCAUGCCAGUGCCACACAACCCUCACGACGAACCAGGCUACGACCUGAUCGAUCUCCGUUUCACCGUUCUCGACGUGGAGGAUCGCCCGGUCCCCGUUGACACUGUGGCCAUCAGCUUCAUUCAAGCCCCCACCGGCGAAAUCUUCAUUGCCCGCGCCGGAAUCGAAAAGACCACCCCAGUCGACAACCACACUUCCUGGAAGGACUGCCAAGGCAAGACCAAAUGCCUUCAGGAGCUUCUGAUGACCCGUAUCCGCGGUCUCCUAGCCUCUGCCAAGAACCGUGUUAUGGGAAUGUCCAAGCCCGGCCGCAAGGGCUGCCACGGCAAGCACAAAGGUGACAAAUCAAUUCACGCUGGCCCCCACCACGAAGGAAUCGACAGCAUGCCUUUCCCCCCUCCUCCAUUCGAGGGCUUCGGGGAGGAUCACGGCCGCCCUCAUGGCUUCUCUGGCCACGGUCGUCCUCACCCACACCAUCAUCACGGACAUCACGGUGCUUUCGCCCGCACAUUCUCCCGAGUUGUGCAUUUCAUCGUUGUCCCUGCCAUCCUUGGCGUUCUGGCUGGCCUCACUGCAAGUGCCGUUGGCAUGCUCGUCGGCCAGGCUGUCGUCUUCCUCUGGCAACGCUACCGUGGCACUCAGCCCGCUGAGCACAAGGCCGCCUGGGAACAGGGCGAGGCUUGCGAGAAGCAAGGCCUCAUGACUGACUCGCGUUACUCCGAGGAGGUCCUUCCUGAAUACACCAAUUCUGCUGAUCCCUCUGAACCCAGGGCAUCUAUGGAUAAGAACUAA